CUGACAUGCAACUUCGCCUUGAGCCAAUUCCAAUAACCCCGGGUCAUUGACAUUGAUUCCAUCAAGCCCAGGCAUGAAAUUGGAAAACCUGAGGAGCUUGCUCCGGCAUUGUUCACCUUCACUGGGUCAUAUAUUCAGCAGAAAGAGAAGAUAGCACCGACUCAAGGUAUUGAUCCAGAAGAAACAAGAACCUAUCUCAGCCCUGUAGAUAUGUCCUUGCCCUCAUACACUGUUUCCAACUUGAUAGUUUGAUGAGCCUAGGUUGGUUUUAAUUCCGCUAUUGCAAGAUGGUAACUAGAGCAAUCAAAACGUUAAAAAUUGAACUGAUAACCCGUUGUUUUAAGGAUAUCAUCUCUAGUCUAACGGAAAAACGUCUCAUUUAGUUAAGACACAUGCUUUCCCGCUUCAGGGGGGACAUACCGGGAAACUUAAUGUCAGGAUUUCUCGAGGGGGGUACUAAGAUAUAUCCAGGGGAAAAAGGUUCUCUAGAAACAGAAACGAGGAGAUGUCAAACUGUUGCUUAACUACCCAGCUAGAUUGACAGCACCCUUUUCCUGUCAGUGCUGCUCGGAACUCACAAAUAAUGAUUUCUCCUUUGAAAAUGAUAACCAUAGUUACCUUAGAACAUUCUUCGAUUUUGCUUACCUGAGGUGAUGAUAGACGGCCAAUAGACGGUCAAUUGACUCAGGGAAGAAAUCUGCAGAUUGCCCCCAUCGAGGACCGCAAAGGCGCUGUUGGUUGUUCCAGAUCCCAUACAAGUGCUGCUAGUGCCAGGUUUUAGUCGGAUUCCCAGCGUCGAAUUGCUACUACGCAGCGUAAAGGCGACGAUCUCUCGGCCCUAAUGUUGGAUAAUUUGGUUGGCAAGCAAGCUCCAUCCUGCCACAAGAUUUUGCCCAGAGGAAAAAGAAAAAAGUUCUUCAGCUUCGAACAGAAAUAAUGGCAGGAUGAAUGAACUCCAGGGGCAUUUUUUAUUUUCCAGAGUCAAUGCUACUUUGAAUAGCCGACUCUGAUUUUUGACCUCCACUUUGAAGCUUGAAGCUCGAAAAGAGUCAGUGGUCAAACGAGCAAGCACUUCACAAAGUCGAGAAUAACAACAAAUAGCUAAGCACAGGUCAAGGAAAGAUGGCGCUAUUACGAUGAUCAACCGCCUCAAUUACGUUUUCUAAGAAUGCUCUACGCUGGGGAAGCUGGGUUUAGGGCCCAGAACGCGCCCGAAAUACGUCGAGUUUUCCGGUCGCCCUAUCCACAUUCAACAAAGAAAGACGCAUGCAAAUCUCCGCAAGAUGUUACUGUUGUACUCUACAGCAUGUCUUGCAUUGCUAUCAUUGUGCCGGGGAUCUUCGGGACGGUUAUUAAAGAUGAUUCGGAGAUGGAGCUAUGGCUAUAAAUUCGGUCCAACUACCCACGUUGUUUAUUUGAUGAAAAGCUAGCCUGUCUUUCAGUCCUACAAAUAUGAAGCCCAUCUUGUUGCUCCUACCCGGCCUUGUGAGCGCUGCUUGUCGGCCUCCAAAAGGGCCCCUUCCAAUCGCUAAAUGCCCCGGAUAUAAAGCUUCAAAUUUCCAUGAACUAGAAAACGUUGUCGUUGCAGACUUACAUCUCGCGGGGCAGCCAUGUAAUACCUACGGCCAAGACUUGAAGAACCUGAAGCUCAGGGUCGAAUAUGAAACUGAUUCACGGCUUCAUGUGAAAAUUCAUGACGCCGAUGAGGAUGUUUACCAGGUUCCAGAAUCAGUCUUCCCCCGGCCACAGCCUGAACGAGGAGACCAUAAAUCUUUGCUGAAAUUUUCUUACGUGGAAACCCCAUUUUCCUUUUCCGUAUCACGUAGAGAUAAUGGCGAGGUUCUCUUUGAUACCGCAGGGUCCAAUCUCGUCUUCCAAUCGCAAUACUUGAAUCUCCGCACUUCCCUGCCAACAGACCCAAACCUUUAUGGCAUGGGGGAGCACACAAAUCCCUUCCGCCUGAAUACUACGAACUAUACUGCAACUCUAUGGAAUCGUGAUGCAUACGGAAUCCCGCCCGGGACCAAUUUAUAUGGCGACCACCCGGUCUACAUUGACCACAGAGGUGAAGCCGGUACUCACGGCGUGUUUCUCCUUAACUCUAACGGCAUGGACGUCAAGAUCGAUAGGAAUGAGAAUGGUGGUCAAUAUCUAGAAUACAAUUCUCUAGGUGGAAUCAUUGAUCUUUACUUCUUUGCUGGCCCGACUCCAAAACAAGCUGCCUCUCAAUACGCAGAGGUGGUGGGACUACCGGCCAUGAUGCCUUACUGGGGGUUUGGGUUCCAUCAAUGCCGCUAUGGAUAUCGAGAUGCCUUUGACGUUGCCGAGGUGGUCUAUAAUUACAGUCAGGCGAAUAUUCCGCUUGAGACGAUGUGGACGGACAUCGACUACAUGGAUCGCCGCAAAGUUUUUACCCUAGAUCCGAAGCGAUUUCCGAUAAAAAAGGUCCGGGGACUCGUGGACUACUUGCAUCAGCAUGACCAACAUUACAUUGUGAUGGUGGAUCCUGCGGUGGCGUAUUCUGAUAAUGGAGCGUUCAACAGGGGGGUGGAGCAAGAUAUCUUUUUGAAAAGAGCUGAUGGUUCCAUAUACACAGGUGUUGUGUGGCCUGGUGUGACAGCGUUCCCAGACUGGUUCCAUCCAAAUGCAGAAAACUACUGGGUGAACGAAUUUGCCCAAUUUUUCGACGCGCAAACUGGAGUAGAUAUCGACGGCUUAUGGAUCGACAUGAAUGAACCUGCCAAUUUCUGCAACUACCCUUGUAAGGAUCCAGAAAAGUACGCAGUAGAUAACAAGUUUCCCCCUGAACCACCCGCAGUGCGACUGAAUCCACGACCCAUUCCAGGAUUUCCACCAGUGUUCCAGCCGCCCCAUAGCCGCGCGAAGAGAGACGGUAAACAUGGCCAUAAGCAGGGUCUUCCAAACCGCGAGCUUAUAAACCCACCGUACAAGAUUCGCAACCAGGCAGGAUCCAUCAGCAACAAAACUGCGGACACCGACCUAGUCCAUGCAAACGGUUUGGUUGAGUAUGAUGUACAUAACAUUUACGGAAGCAUGAUGAGCCAAGUAUCUCGCACUGCGAUGCUCAAGAGACGAUCGUCGGUGAGGCCGUUUGUUAUCACGCGUAGUACGUUUGCGGGCGCUGGAAACCAUGUUGGGAAAUGGCUCGGCGAUAAUCUAAGCACAUGGGAACAGUAUAGGAGAUCAAUCGGGCAGAUGCUUGCUUUUACAUCCAUCUUCCAAGUACCCAUGACGGGGAGUGAUGUCUGUGGCUUUGGAGGCAACACAACGGAGACUCUUUGCUCCAGAUGGGCAAUGCUUGGUGCAUUUAGCCCGUUCUACCGUAACCAUAACGGUCUCGACUCCGAAUCCCAAGAAUUCUACCGCUGGGAGUCGGUCGCGGAAGCCGCCCGGAAAGCUAUCGAAAUUAGAUACAAACUGCUUGACUACAUUUAUACGGCCUUUUACCGGCAGACAAAGACGGGUGAACCUCUCCUCAAUCCGCUAUUCUACUUGUACCCUAAGGACCAAAACACCUUCUCGAUCGAUCUUCAAUUCUUCUACGGAGACGCCAUUCUCGUCAGCCCUGUGACGGAGGAGAAUUCCACAAGCGUAGACAUAUAUCUGCCAGACGAUAUCUUCUAUGAUUAUUACACCGGCAAACCAGUCCGCGGCGAAGGCAAAUCCAUCACUCUCAACGAUAUCCCUUUCACCCACAUCCCCCUCCAUAUCCGCGGGGGAAACAUCGUCCCACUUAGAAGUAACGGUGCCAACACCACCAAAGGCCUCCGCGAGCAACCGUUUGACAUUAUCAUUGCGCCCGGGCUUGAUGGCAAUGCUGCUGGAACUCUAUACCUUGACGAUGGCGAAUCUCUAGAGCAAAAGCAUAGAACGGAGAUACAAUUCUCGUAUGGCAAGGGGCUAUUCAGAAUGGAGGGUAAGUUUGACUACGAGGCCAUUGGCCAGUUGAAGAUCGCCUCUAUCUCGGUGCUGGGUCGUGACGGGAAGCCGGCCAAAGUUUCCAAGGAGGGUGGUGAUGAGGGUUCUCAGUUCGAGUAUGAUCCUGAAACCGGGGUGUCAUCCGCAAAGGUUGACUUGCCGUUGACGGGACCGGCAGAGAUUAAGGUUUUGUGAUUGGCAAGUGGAGUGGUAAAUUCGGGGCCUCGCAGUCAUGUUUGACUCCCUUUUUUGUUCUCAUGGUAGGAAUUUUGUGUGUUUAUGUAAAUAGGCUCAUAAAACAUAGUUAUACGUAUAUAGCCCACUACAGGUUGUUGAUUCUUCCAG